CGUUGGGACUAGGCAUUUGGUCCAAGACAUGGACGUACACCGUCGCGCUCGGCGGCGGCACACUGUUGGAGGCCCUCGGAUACCUUGGGCGGGUCCUGUUGAACCAAAAUCCCUGGUAAGGUAGCCAACCAGCUGUCUGCGUUUUGCUGACCCACCGGCGAAGGAACCGUCGAGGGUUCGAGAUGCAAAUCUGCUGCCUUGUCCUCGGACCAUCGUUCCUCGCCGCAGCCAUCUACCUGACACUGAAACAUUUCGUGCUGUAUUGUGGACCUCAGUACUCCCUCCUCAAGGCACGCCUUUACCCCUGGAUCUUCGUGGGAUGCGACUUUGCUUCCAUUGUCCUUCAGGCCAUUGGAGGAGGUGUAGCAGCUUCGGGCGGCGGCUCUGGCAGUAUGAAGACCGUCAACGCCGGCAACAACAUCAUCAUAACCGGUAUUGCGGUCCAGGUGGCUACCAUGAGCGGAUGCGGGCUGUUGGUUCUCCUCUACCUGUGGAGAUAUCGCCGAGCGCGCCCUGAGCGAGUGGCGGCUGCCGAGAAGAGCGACUUCGAGUUGAGCAAGAGUCAGGGCACGCUGUCGCGUAAGCUAUACAUCUUCGGAGCCGUCGUGGUUCUUGCCUACAUUACAAUUCUCAUUCGCUGCAUCUAUCGUAUCCCGGAGAUGGCCGGAGGCUGGGGCAAUCCGCUCAUGCGCAACGAAAAGGAGUUCCUGCUUCUUGACGGAAUGUAAGGGAGCGGAAUUUGAAGGCAAAAGUCACGUACUAACGGGCACAGGAUGAUUGCUAUUGCGAGCUUGGUUCUGACCGUCUUCCAUCCCGCCUUCUUCUUCGCCCCUUUUGCCGCUUUCCGCAAAGCCAAAACCCAUCCCAGUGCCGGUUCCGAGGUCG